AUGCGUUAUUUGCUAGUCCUCGGCUUUACAUUAAAGGACAGUACAGCUGCGUUGGGAGGUGAAGCCAAACUGGAGCGAAGCCGAAUGGAGAACCGACAAGACAGUCUCCCUCUGGAUUCGACAGUCAUCUCGCUGCAGACAAACGAAGAGAAUGAGGAGACGGAAGGAAGUGAUGCCCCAGCAGACUAUCUGUUCGGUGACGGUGAAGGUGAUGAAGAUGACUUCUUCAUAGUCGACCAUGAGAACGCUCCAGGAGAGGACUCCGAGUUCAUCCUCCCACAGGAAGGUUUCCCGCUGCGACAUGAAAUUCUCGAUCACCCGACAACCCUCGAUCACUUCCAGGACAAGACAGACUCGCCCCACAUCAGUGGCAACGAAGCAGACCUGGUCUCACUGACGCCGACCGAGGGCAUUUCCCUGGUCUCUGUCUCACAGCUGCCCUUUGAAAACGGCUUUUCCGCUGAUUACUUCAACCUCGUCGUGAGGGACAUGAUGUGCUUCUAUGCUGAGCAAGGGGAUGUGCAGAUGGCGAUCUCCGUCCUCAUUGUACUCGGAGACAGGAUCAAAAAGGAAAUCGACGAGCAGACACAGGAACACUGGUACACCUCCUACAUUGACCUCCUCCAACGCUUCCAACUUUGGAAUGUAGCCAACGAGGUGAUCAAACUGAGCACAUGCAGAUCCAUCACAUGCCUGAACCAGGCUUCGACCACCCUGCACGUGAACUGCAACAACUGCAAACGGCCAAUGAACACUCGAGGCUGGAUGUGCGAGAGGUGUCGGCGUGGUGGCAGUAGAUGUGCAGUGUGCCACCACGCGGUGAAGGGGCUCUUUGUUUGGUGCCAGGGCUGUACACAUGGAGGACACCUCCAGCAUCUCAUGGAUUGGUUUCAGUUCCACACCCACUGCCCAACGGGGUGUGGCCACCUUUGUGAAUACACGUAGCCAAUAGCACGCUCAUCUCCUCUCAACCUCCAGGAAGAGGAGAAAUCACACAGUUGGAUUCCAUUGACUGGGGGCCAGGCAGUGCCUGCAGCUUACAGCAAGGAGGGGCCUUUCCAAUCGAGGGUGUAAAGGGAAGUUCAGUCUGUUGAGGAGACAUUUCAUUCAAGGUUAACCACAGAAGGGAACAUAGCAGCAAUGGAUUGGACUACAAUGACAGCCAGAGAUCGGAGAAAACUACCCCCUUUAUGCUGAAGUAAAGGUUUCAAAGAUUUUUGGGCUGAUGGCAUCAAUAAGACUGGUCUGCCCCAUGACUGAGGGCAGGGAUAGUUGUGGAACCUCUUCCUCCACUUGGGUUGUCCACCACCAUUCACAACAGGAGGGCCAGGACGUGUGCUGUGACUGUGCAUUGGUUUUAGGAUCAUGCAGCCCUGCCUAUUACAUGCUGCUCCCUGCUGCAUGCUAGUCCUGUGGACACCUCAUGUUUAGGUCUCCUGGUGGCGUAUCUAACCCCUCCCUUAACUGCACUGUGGGUACACCUGCAGCACAUGGACAGUAGCAGUUCAAGAAUGCAGCUCACCACCACCUUCUCCAGGCCAGUUAGGGAUGGCGGGGGGGGGAGGAUAUAUGUUGCCCCAGUCAGUGACACCCACAUCAGUGAAAGAAUAUCUUACAGAAUUAGGUGGAGGAGGGUAGCACAGCAGAUUGGAGACACUGGGGUUGCAGAUUAGAUGUAAUUCCUUCCCUUAACUCAUACCUCUGUGCCCUUGCUUCUCAAAGACGCAACUGUCUAUAAGUACAACUCCAAAUGCUCAGCUUGGAUGGUGGUGGCAUUGGCUUCAAACCACAUAAUGAAAGCUGUUAGUUGCAGCUUAUCAGUAGCUAGAACAGAGAAGGGCAAGGAGAGGAGCUUGAAUUAAUUCCCUCCCUCCUGGUCCCCAACAGUCAGAUGGAAUGAAGCCCUGUGACAGUUCUCUGCCCAGUGUUCAUAUUUAGCCAGCGGCCAGAGCUGUUCAGACAUGACUGAAAGCCAAUUUACAGAACUCCUUCACGUAAAUGGCAAGAGAGACUUGGGAAACAUGUACACGACAGUCACCUGCUUAAAGUAACAACAUACCUGGAGACAUCUGAGCAACACAGUGGUGCAGUGGUUAGCACUGCUGCCUCACAGCACCAGGGACCCUGGUUCAAUU